AUGGCCCAAACAGCUAAAGAUGAAUAUCACAUUGGGUUGAUAUGCGCCUUGAGGGUGGAGAUGGUGGCAGCGACAGCAAUGCUGGACAGAGACUAUGGCAUCAUCAAGGGAGAACGUCGAGAUCAGAACACUUACCAUGCUGGAAUCAUACACGACCACAAUGUGGUUAUUGCCGGUCUCCCUGCUGGCAUUGACGGACUUGUCGCAGCAGCGAACGUCGCAAAAGAUGUGAUCAGAACAUUCCACUAUUUGGAUUUCAUACUCUUGGUUGGUAUCGGCGGAGGAGUACCACACUUGGAGAAGGGUAUCGACAUCAGGCUCGGCGACGUUGUGGUCAGCCAGCCAAGCGGCACCAGCGGCGGCGUUGUACAGUACGAGAAGGGCAAGGCCAAACAUGGCGGUGCUUUCGAACUCAAGGGCGCUCUCAAUGCGCCCCCAAAUAUCCUUUUGACUGCAAUCACUUCGCUGCAAGCGCAACACCAUGCAAAUCGAAGCCGACCAAUGCUGGCAUACCUCGCCGACAUGAUCCAUCAUUAUCCGAUGUAUGGGCCCCCCGGCGAGCAGAAAGAUCGCCUCUUCGAAAGUAGAUAUCCUCACCCUGAAGGUCAAAACAAUUGCGAUCAAUGUCUAUCUGUCCACGAAAUCCCUCGUCAAAGUCGACAAACCACUGACCCUCAGAUCCAUUAUGGUAUCAUAGCUUCCGGUAAUGAGGUAGUGAAGGACCCAGUUCUCCGAGACAACCUCCGGGCAUCUUAUGGUGCAUUGUGUGUGGAGAUGGAAGCCGCUGGUCUUGCGAAUAGUUUACCUUUCCUUGUGGUACGAGGAAUAUGUGACUAUGCUGAUUCGCACAAAAAUGACGAAUGGCAUCCAUACGCUGCCGCAACAGCGGCAGCGUGGACAAAAGAACUUCUUCUCCAAGUCACUCCAGAGCAGCUCCGCCGGCAACAACUGAUGCAAGCAAUCCCAGAUUCUGUCGGGAGCGAAGUUCAGUGGCUAAGAGAACGAGCUCAAGGACGAGAGACAAAUCCCCAGGAUGCCGAAUAUCAGUCAUGCCAUCGCGUCUUCAAACUAGGCUCAUAUGAAGAACAGAAGAACGUCAACCCAUCUCGAGUUCCUGACACUUGCCUUUGGAUAUCUGCCGAUCCCGGUUGCGGCAAGUCCACGCUAUCAAAGUUCCUCGUCGAUCACGAAUUGCAGACGACAACCGAAAGAACAUGUUGUUAUUUCUUCUUCAAAGACAAUGAAAAUCAGAACAAUCUGGCGUCUGCAUUUUGCGCUCUCCUCCAUCAACUAUUUACAAGCCAGCCGCGGCUUCUUGCGCACGCAAUACCUGCUUGGCGACGAAAUGGUGACAAGUUGGCGAAGGAGGUAGUUGAACUCUGGAGGAUAUUCCUGGCAGCCACUACGGAAGACAACUCGCGUAAUGUUUUCUGCGUGCUAGACGGCCUUGAUGAAUGCCGAGAUGCCGAUCGGCACCGACUGAUCGAAAAACUUGCUGUCUUUUUGGCGGGUACAAGGACAUCGAGAUGCCGGACACACUCAUUGAAGAUCGUGGUUACCAGCCGGCCAUAUGACAGCAUACAAUUAGACUUCCAACGCAGCAUGAAAGCAGCCGCUCCAUCGGUUCCCAUUAUCCGCCUUCGGGGAGAAGACGAAAAUAAAGCAAUUCGGUCCGAGAUCAACUCGGUCAUUCGCGCUCGCGUUGUUGAAAUGACAGAAACUUUGCCCUUGUCGCUGGAAGUGAGUAAACUCCUGGAGCAAAAGCUAUUGAACAUGCAAAACCGGACGUAUCUGUGGCUCUCUCUCGCCAUUGAUGGGAUUUAUGAAACCCUCAGAGACAAUUUUCAUCAUGACGAGGACUCGAUCAAAACAUCGAUUGCAGCGCUUCCUAGGUCGGUGGAAGACGCGUACGAAAAGAUCCUCAACAGGGUGCGGGACCAUCAACGCGACAUUGUGCGAACCAUCUUGCACAUAGUAGUAGGUGCUCGGCGGCCACUAAACGUCGGCGAGAUGUCUAUAGCCCUCCGUAUAGCUACUUCAAAGGAAAUGGACUCUUUGAAACCCACUCUGAUCGAGAAGAUCCGUCUGGAGAAGUAUAUCCGAGAGUGGUGCGGACUAUUUGUUUUCAUUGAGAAGUCGACCAUUCACCUCGUCCAUCAGACUGCGAAGGAAUUUCUAAUUCACAACCAACAGGUGGAAUGCGGUGCUUGGAAACACUCACUAAUGCCCACGGACACUGCGAGAAUCUUGGCGCAGAUAUGUGUUGACGCCCUCUGGCUAUUCCAAACAAAGCUCAGCGAUGCUGACUUGCUUGAACCCGCGGACGUAACCAAGGAAGACACAUGGAGUUUAUGGAGUUUAUGGAGUUUCCUGAAAUAUGCGGGGGCUUGUUGGUACGGACAUCUCCAAGAUGCGAAGCCAAACGAACUUGUUCCCUUUCCACGGGAAGACGGUUGGCUCUUGGAGAAAAGGGACAUAGGAGGGCCAUUAUCAACGUGGAGCAAACCCAUAUUACCACCGGGAUGGCACAAGGACUCCAUGGUAGAGAGAACGACCGAUUUCUUAGCACUUGUGUUUCCUUACCACUUUCAGCAUGCCGUCAACCUCUACGAACUUUUACUUGACCGGGUAGACGACAAAGGUCGAGUGAACAUGGUGAAAAGGUUUCACGACUCUGCUCGACGCUGGCACAAAUUUCCAGUGCCACGCAGAGUGUUAUAG